GGCGGCCGCUGGUUGGCGGCGGGGGGACACGUGAGGGAGGAGGGGGCAGCGGCGGCGGCAGGAGUUUCCCCGACAGCUGGAGGUUGCGGCGGUGGCUCCUCCUCCGCGGGUCCCCGUUAGAGGCGAGAGACCCCCGCGCUCCUCCUUAUUGACAAAUACACAAAGGGCCGCGCCGGGGCCGGGCCGGGGACGCGUCUGGAGGCGGCAUGGGAGACAAGAAGAGCCCGACCAGGCCGAAGCGGCAGCCGAAACCCUCCUCGGACGAGGGCUACUGGGACUGCAGCGUCUGCACCUUCCGCAACAGCGCCGAGGCCUUCAAGUGCAUGAUGUGCGACGUGAGGAAGGGCACCUCCACACGGAAACCUCGACCCGUCUCUCAGCUGGUUGCACAGCAAGUUCCUCAGCAAUUCGUGCCCCCUACACAGUCAAAGAAAGAGAAAAAAGACAAAGUAGAAAAGGAAAAAAGUGAAAAGGAAACAACUAGCAAAAAGAACAGUCAUAAGAAAACCAGGCCACGAUUGAAAAAUGUGGAUCGAAGUAGUGCUCAGCAUUUGGAAGUUACCGUUGGAGAUCUGACGGUCAUCAUUACAGACUUUAAGGAGAAAACUAAGUCACCACCUGCUUCCAGUGCUGCUUCUGCAGAUCAACACAGUCAGAGCGGCUCUAGCUCUGAUAACACAGAGAGGGGAAUGUCCAGGUCAUCUUCACCCAGAGGAGAAGCGUCAUCACUGAACGGGGAAUCUCAUUAAAGUUUAUUUCCUCCAGUUUCUUUAGUCUCUUCUCUUUAAAACAUGCAAAUAUGUAACUUCUGCCACCUGUUACCACAUUUUCAUGACAGAUUAUCCAUGCACAAUUGGUAUGUUUACUGAAACAUAAUUUAUGCAGUUUAGAAAGAAGAAAAAAAGUGCAGUAGAAAUAAUUUAAAUGCAAUCUAAAAAUGCUCACGAAGCAUUUUCUGACCAACUGUUUAAUCUUCGUGUGUAAAGGUGCCAUGAAAAUGUGGUUUGAAUGUUCAUACACAGUGUUACUGGUAAGUCCAUCUUCACUUUUAGUUUAGUGAAUUCUAACAACUCUUGGAGUCUCUACUAUUGGCAUGUACUGAAUUUAAAUUUUUAUAACAUAGUUCAAGCUGCCUAAAUAUGUAUUAUCUGAGAAUUGUGAAACAUAGUUAUAUGUAUGCAAGUCAAAGAUCAACUUAAUCAACUAUUGCUGCAACAGAAUUUUCAUAAUAAUUAUCUUAAAAACACCUGCUGGUACUUGGUGUGGUUAAAUAGGAAAAUGUUAUUAAAUAAAACAUUUGUAUGAAUUUUUGCCAAUGUUUGACACAUUUUACUAGAUUACUGUUAAUGAAUUAUGUUAAUGGUUUUACCAAUAUUUUUUCACACUUAAAACACUUAUUGAAAUGUUUACAAGCAAAUACAAAAAAAAAAAAAGUAAAUCCAUUCUAAACAUCAAUUGGUUAACUCUACAAUUCAGGAAGAGUCACUGUCACUAUACACUGGUAUUCUACAUUUAACCUCAGAUGAUAGCAUUUGGCAGAACUAACAUUGAGAAAUACAAAAGCUUGGUAAAGCUUUAAAAAUGACUGAAGUACAGUUUUUGUUUCUGCUUAGUGCUGUUCCCUUGCUCCAGAUUUGCCUAGCGUUAUAUAAUCAGUUACCAUUUCAUUACAGAAAUACCAGAUGUUGCACAAGAGUAAGGAAAUAACAAUACUAUUACUAUUUUUUUUUUUAAUUUUGGAUCAACUUCUUUUUAUUUUGAUUUGGCCUAUUAGAAAAUAUUAUGUCAUAAAUGAUGUGUAAAAACCCCACAGUAUCCUACUUUAUGGCAUAAACUGUCAAUAUUUUAUGCACUUAGCAAUAUACUGAUACAGAGCAGAACUAUUUACAAUCCCAUCUGGUAUUAUGUAAAAUUACCAAUAAAAUAUUUUUGUGAAUACAGAUUUUUGCAUUUUUGUUUACAGCCAAUAAGUGUUUUGAUAUACACACAUCCAAUCCAUGUAUAGAUUUAAAUUAUAGAUUUGGGUUGAGUACAAAAGUCCAUUUAGCUCCUUUCAGUGAGAUGGUCCACUUACACUCAUGUGAUUCUUCUUUUCUUCUUCUUUUUUCUUUUUUUUUUCUUUUUUUUUUUUUUUUUACAUUCAAAAUACAUAAGUUUACGCCCAUGUAAAAGUUGAAUGGACCUUUUUGGUAGUGAAUCCUAAAUUAUUCCCAACAUGUGGCACAUCUUCAUAACAGCUAAAAGAAUGGAUUUUUGUAGCCCCUGACAAUUGUGAUGUUUGGUGGUUUCUUGUAGUAAUGUAUUUUUCUGUUUUUAAUGCAGUACUUCUACAGGCACAAUAGUACUGUUCUAUUUUGUAAGAUGCUAGUUGUGAAAUACAGUUAGUUGCAUAAAAUGAAAGUCUGAUGUGAUAUCUGAGAACAUACAUACCUCAUUCCUUGGUGUUGCUAUUUAAACUUUUUAGACAUCAAAUGUUAAUUAUAGGCUAUUUCAGGUAGAUAACUACUGACCUGUUUAUUAUGUAUUCUGCUUUAUCUUACUAAAUAGGAUGUCUGUUCAUUGCAAUUACUUGGCCAAAUCUUAGUAUCUGUAAAAAAAAAAAAAAAAAAAAAAGAAAGGAAAGAAAAAAAGAAAAAAAGAAAAAAAAAAAGCAUUUCAAGAUUCUUAAAUGUUUUUGGGGCUGGGCUGUUGUUCUGAAUAACAUAUACUAGUUUUUAGAAAAAAAAAUACAUGCUUCUCAAAUUUAUUUUUUUAUGUUUUAUUUUUAGGUGGGACUAUUUGCAGAGUAUACUGGUGUAAUGGAUUACAAGAGAGCUGAAACUGUUUAAAUUGACUGCUGCCAUUAGGGAGUCUUCCCUUCAAAUACCAGAAACCACGUGGAAAAGGAAGGAUGGAGAGUUUCUUCUCCAGCAGCAGCAAGCACUGUACAUGAGAGUAUGGUAUGUCUUGAUGAAGAUAGGAAUUUCCAAGCAAGAAAUCCUUCAGGAAUAUGUUUUCAGGAUCUGGCCCAGGUGGAAAAGAUACAUCUUUAAUUACACCAUUCUCGUUUAUAAAUACUGAUUGUAGUCAAAGUGCUUGCAAAGUGAACAAGCUCCCUUAAACUUAAAGUCUUCACUAUUGCUUGAGGCCAACUGAUCUCUAAUUUGCAGAGGACAUACUGAGAAGAUGGCUAAGGAAAAGAGCACGCUGAUCUGUUUUUCAUAACUAACUGCUAACUGUGUGCUCUUAAUGUACUUAAUGUGUGAAGAAGCAAAAGUGUACGCGAGCAGAAUGUAUGUAAGCAGCACUGAUGGAAUCUGGCUCUCUACUCCCUUCUCAAAUGCACCAGUCUACAAGCUGCAAAUUCUUCUGCUUCAGAGGUAGUCAUGGGUGCUUGGUUGGUCAGUAAAGCAUCAGUUAGUUAAGCGAAAUCAGUGGUCAGGCCAAGAUUCUACCUUCUGAACAUCCACUUUGGGACUACAGGGAUCUAAAUUGUAACUGAACAAUCAAUACGCAACUGCCAUCCCUGAGCAUGAAAUAAUCUAUGUCAGGCUGAUGCUUCUUUGCAGAGAAUAAAUCAGAAUGCUUCAAUGUGAAGCCCAGUUCUCUUACUGUAACAGCCUUCAGCUAUGAAUUAACCUAACCAAGGAAAAUCUCUUAAGAUUACACGUGUUUGUUGAGUCUUGUUAGUCUCACCUCUGAAGGGAAUGCAGAAUUCUGAUUCCUUCUGUCUUUGUUUUUAUUGAGGUACAUCUACAGGGUAACUGGAUGCAGUGAUUUUGAAAUAAUUUAAUAUGCUGACAUUUCUAAAUAGGAAAUUUACUGCUAUUCAGAGUUUUUCAGCUGUAUCUUGGUUUCUGUAAGACUGUCAAUGCUGUGUGGAGCUUGGAGAUCAUCUAUCAGUAUUGUCAGUCAUCCAUAUCUCUACAUUAUUGACUUACUGAAAAUAAUUCUUGCUGAACAAACUUAGUCUCAUCCUAUACCAUUCAAGGAUUCUGGUGGAGGUAGCUGGCUUUCUGGGAUACCAAUUACUGGUCUUCACACCUAUAUUUCUGCAAAGGGUCUGAUUCUGUUGUGGGGCUUCCAAAUGCAAAGGAAUAAGCUAAAUGCUUUCCCACUGAUGGAGGUAUAGCACUGCUAGGUAACUAGAUCGGAAGUUUUUUUUUUUUUUUUGCAAGGUUAAAGAAAAUACUCUUGAUGCUGGCUGGAGAUAGGGAUCCCUGGAGGAGCAUGUGCAGACACUGAGGACUACAUUUUCUACAGAAAUUGAGUAGGCAGCAUCAGUUUCUAAAAUGUAAACAACUUCUAACAAAAAGACUGAGAGUAAUUGAGAGUAAUAGGAAAAAUGAAAAAAAAAAAGUUCAGAA